GGAAUUGAAAUUUAAUGAUUAUAUAAGUCGGUGGGAGAGAGCGCUCACGUGUCAGAUGACCAACUUCACAAUUUUGAGCGCAGCAAACUUUCUGACUGUAGACAUCCGCAGCGCGUGCAGGUUAGCCGUACAAGCAGGCAAAUACACUCAGGUUACAGAUUCAGAAGAUAGAGCUGCUUUACACUCUAGUGUUGCAAGGGCAUUAUCGUAGGCUGAUUCUGAGAGCAGUGUACAAUUGACCGUAUUCGCUGCUAAAGAAUUACAGAUUUAUUAGAAUCUCCUCAUCUUCACCAUCACCAUAAACUGUCGAUCAUCAAAACAGCAAAGAUGGCAGAAUCAAACAAGGCGGUCAACCCUAUGAAAGAGCUCCGCGUGGAGAAGCUCGUCGUCAACAUCUCAGUCGGUGAAUCUGGUGACAGAUUGACCCGUGCAACCAAGGUGUUGGAACAAUUGACCGGUCAAACACCAGUCACCUCCAAGGCCCGUUACACUUUGCGUGGUUUCGGUAUCCGUCGUAACGAAAAGAUUGCUUGCCACGUUACCGUCAGAGGACCAAAAGCUGAAGAAAUUCUUGAACGUGGUCUUAAGGUCAAGGAAUACGAACUUCGCCGUGGUAACUUCAGUGAUACAGGAAACUUUGGUUUCGGUAUCACCGAACACAUUGAUUUGGGUAUCAAGUACGACCCUGGUGUUGGUAUUUUCGGUAUGGACAUGGUUGUCGUCAUGGACAGACCCGGUUUCCGUAUCUCCAAACGCAAGCAACGUAACAGCCGUGUUGGUGCUAAACACCGCAUCACAAAGGAAGAAACUGCAGCAUGGUUCCGUCAACGUUUCGAUGGUAUCAUCACCCGCUAAAUGCUCUCUUUGCCCGUCGGUUCGCUUUGAUGUUGUCAAAGCGUGAUUUGUUGUCGUCCAUGGUAUUGAAGAUGGUGUAGGAGUGCUACUAGGCGCCAUCUGCAUCAUUUGUCAUUACUUCCCUCACACAUCAUCAAAUCUGUAUUUCAUCCCCCAAUCACAUACUAUACACAAAAAGCACAGUGCUUUCAUGAGUCUUAAUUUCAUGUAUUGGCCUUUCCAUUGUGG